GGACAAAAAAACCCAACAAAACAAAGCUAUAAAAGAGUUGAAAAUAAAGUUAGGAUUCCCAGAUUAGGGUUUUCAAGCGUUCCAGCCGUCGAACUCAGGCGAAGCGAAAAUGCCGUCACACAAGACCUUCAUGAUCAAGAAGAAAUUGGCGAAGAAGAUGAGGCAGAAUAGACCCAUCCCUUACUGGAUCCGUAUGAGGACUGACAACACCAUCAGGUACAACGCUAAGCGUCGUCACUGGCGCCGCACCAAGCUCGGAUUCUAGGUUAUUACUUUGUUGCGUUUUUCCCUUUAUGUAAUUCGUUAGGGUUUUCUUUGCUUUUGUUUAAUUUCAGACAGAAAUCAAGUUUUGGAAUUGUAAUGUCAUAUUUUGGAUCUAUGUGACAGUGUGUGAGAAACUUAUUGUAGUUAAUUAAUGGUGUUCUACACCUUUUAUGAAGCAAUUGGGAUUCUUUGCA